AGUCAAAAAUUGCCUCUACACCUGACCCCUGGGUCUUCUUUCUGCAAAAUUAUCCAAUUUUUAUACGGCUAGGGGGUCAUUUUUCGACGUCGAAAAAUGACCCCCGGUCAUUAUUCUAUGGGAGUCAAAAUUUGUCUCUACACCGGCGUACUUCCUGAAGCGCGUUAGCAUGUCAUAACAACUACAAGUAUGCCGAAAUGAAGAAUGCAGUUCAUACCCUCAUGAAUUCUCAACGCGCAUUAUAAAGACUAUGUCGACGUGCCUAUACCCACUUGUAUUUUCAAAAACUGAAGUUUAUUUUUUAAAUUUACAUUUGUAAUUUCAUUUCUGUCGGUAUUCCCAACCAUUAAAAUAGACGUAAUAUAUAUUUCUAUUCAUGAACGCAUUGUUUACAACUGCAGCGUAUUCAUGAGGAAAUGGUCAUCAUUACAAUCUGUAAAGAUAUCAAAGACAAAAACUUUGGAAAUGUAAAUAAUUUAUAAUCGCAAAUCAGACGCCUCAAGGAAUCAUUCUUCCAUGUGCAAGACGGCAUAAAAAACUUUUGUUUUAAAACCUUGCGCUUUAUUUUGGUUAGCGAAAUGCUUGUUAUAAUUUAUAAUUCUAGAAGUUCUCUAAUUAUAAAAAUGAAUAUCAAAUAGCCUUGAGAUGGAGGAAGCGUAGUGAAUUCUAAGUGAAUAGUAUCUAGUGCGUGUAGCCAUAUUGGUUAAUGAAACACUGUUAUGUAUGAUAAUAAUCAUGUUAUACAUCCUAUGAUGUUUUGGGUGGUGGCGGUGUGGUUAGGGUUUAAUCAUUGGUGCUAAUGUUUCUUUUUAGUAUACGCUGAGUGAAGUCAAUUUUCAAACGCUUAAGAAAUUCAUUUUUACAGCAUACUAGUAUAUAUUAAGCAAAAUAAAUUACAAAAAAUAUAUUACAAAAAACCAAAACUCCACAUCAUGGAGUGGGAAAAAAAUGUCACGAUCAUAAUUUGAAUCUCCUCUAUAGCUUUAAAUAGUCUUUAUUUAUAUUAUCCAUGAUUUGAGCGCCUAUGGUUUGAAUAAAAUGAAUGCCUGGCGUAUUUAAAUCAUGUUAGAAAGAUACAGAGGCGUAGUAAAAAUGUAUGUACAUGUUUUAGAAGUGUUGAUAUCGAUAUGGAUAGAGUGUAAAAUUACCGUCUAAAUGAUAUUCAACUUUCGUGUAGUGAAGUGUUUUUAUUAAUAAAAAUAGUGUAAAUGCUACCGUAAUGAAAUGUAAUAUGUUUUGACACCAAUAGCGUGUGUGACGUAACACUGAUUCGGGGGUAAGCGGAAUUUGAAAGGUCGUGGUGUAUUUUCAUGAUGAAAUGCUUAAUAUGGUUGAAGAAACUAGGCAUGGCACGUGUAUAUGUUGGUGUGCUUCUUUAUACUGUUUGUCAAAUAAAACUAAACAUGAAGAGAUUAAAUAUCUAAGAUCCUCGACCAAAACUCAAGGUCGAUAGCAGCAAAAGUAUUCGUUUGGGUUUUAUCAAUCUGAAAACGCUCAUGGCUAGUUCUCCUAAAUCAGCUGCAAUCUUUAAAAAUACUUUAUAUAUUACCUGAAAAUUUUCUUCUCGAUUUCUACGGGGGCGCUGCUAAACUAGAAACAUAUUUUCCCGCCACAGAGAGUCGGCAGUCCCUCGAGCUUACUUUGAUUUCUGGUAAAUCAAUUAUAGACGUAGGACUUUUCACAAAAUCAUAAUUUAUUUGUCUCAGGUAACUUACAUAGUGUAUGAUAUACAUUGUAUACAUCAUGGAAUGGGUGAGGGGGAAAGGAGACAGGUGCUUAUAGACCCCUACCCCAAUUAUUAUGGAUACAUCUACAUAUUGUAUGUCAUUUGCUUAAAGAAAUCCAACAUAAUGUUUAAACAUUGGAAUGAAACAUACAUACGAGAAAUGCAUACAGUUUUACAGUUUUAUACGUAACUGUCCAUUUCUAUCUUUUUAAAGGUGAUUUCGUUCUGUUUUUCUUUACUCCCUCCUACCCCUGAUGUCAACCCCGGGGUGUGUGUUUUUGUGUGUGUGUGUGUGUGUUGGGGGGGGGGGGGGGUCUGUGUCCUAUACGGCUCUAAUACAGUCCUGUGGUAUUCAAUUUAACGACCAACUCGUCGUGCAUACACAAGUCUUAGUAAUACCACACAAAUAGGAAGUUUAAAGACAUCAUUCAUCUCACAACACAAUGUUUGUAGGAACCACCGAGGUAAUCGGGGCGCUAAUUACCUCGUGUUAAUUGUCUACAAUGCAUUAUCUAUCCUACAAAUCGCUGAAACGCUAUCCACUCAUUAACCGUGGGUCCUUUGAAGCAAUUUGAACAUUACCAACCUAUUGAUUGUUUUGUCCCCUGUCGUGACGUCAUCGCUGCAUGUUAAUUAAUUAGUGUCUGAGUACGUCGAUAUGAUAUUGAGACGCACUAUGUACAUCACCCAUCCGUCAUACGCCGUGUUCUGCUUUUCGAACUCGAGACUUUUUUGAUGGAAAUCUAGAAACAUCUAUUAUAUUCACAUUUCCAAUGUUUCUAUCUUAAAUGUAUUUACAAAUUGCUUUGAUAGUCAUUUCCUCAUGAAUGCGUUGCGGUGGUAAACAGUCCACGUGUGAAUCAGCUGGGAAAUCUGACAAAAAUGAAAGUAGAAUGUAUAUCAAGAAAUGAAUUUUAAAAAUGAAACUUAAAUACAGUUCAUUUUCUGUCCUCAGGGUAUAGUAAAUGACCUUUCUGACAUUAUGAUAUGGAAUCAGCUGUAAGAAAAAGAAUUAAUUUGACAGAAAUAUGAAACAUGCAAUACAUUAAAAGACCAGCAUGUAUGCACGACAUAGUCUUCACAAAACAAGACUUAGACAGUUUAACUCUAGAUAUAUAUGUAUGAAAUAUAUCUUGUACAUUAGGAAAAUGAAUUUCAAUUUUGGCCUUCUGUAACCUUGACAUUGGACCAUAACAAUGGGAAAUCAGGUUGUAGUGUAAGAUACACACAUCUGUUUAUAACAUUCCUGUAAGUGUCAUAUUCAUAUCGGAUGCAAAUCACACUUGCAAUGAUACAAACUUUUAACAUUUUUAUGGCUGUUGUGAAAUUCAUCCGUUGUCCGUUAUUUGUAUAUAAGUUUUGCUUUACCUGAUGUAAAGUUGAUAUAAAUCAAAGUAGCCUUUGGACCUGAGAAGUUAUAGACAAACGGAAAUACAGACAGGUGCACGUAAAACAUCACCCCACCCGAAUUUCGAUUUCAUACAGCACGGUGUUUUAUCAGUAUAUAUUUAUCAAAUGGAAAUUACUCUGUAAGUGAAGUUUCAUUUAGAGAACGGAGUAUCGCAGCAUUAACUGUGCGCAUGUCGGUAAGCCUGUGUCCGAAUCAUGGUACCAGUAUAUCUGAAGAGCUACGUCACUUCCCUUAUCAUGUACACCACGCGUUAGCCAGAGAAAAGUGAAGAUAACGAACAUUGAUCCACCUCAUAACUCCCAUAAAUAAUACAGAAUUAAGAGUAGGGCAAACACAGACCCUUGAAUACACCAGAAAUAUAAGGUUAGUGAGAAAGAGGACUUAAUACCUAAAUGUUCCCACGAUAAAAAACCUGGGGAAUAUUGGUUUUAAUCUUCGGUGUCUCUGUCCUUCUGCACGGAUUUAACUUAAACCCUGGGUGUAACAUUUCAACUGCAUUAGAGGGAAGCUUCAUACUUGCACUAAGGAUUGAUUUAAUAAAUAUGGUGUCUGACGGUACCUAUUAGAUCACGAGGUCAAAGGGCAUAUUCUCCUAAGAGUAUAUACUGAGUUUCUUUGCAAUUGGGAAGGUUUUUGAUAGAAAUGUUCAUAAUUGCACCAUGGAGUCAAAUAUGUUAAAUAUGCAUUAAGGACUAUUGAAUGAAAUAUUUGUCUUCGAUUUUAUUUGGGGUUACAGGGUCAAAGGACGUGACUUGGUCACUAGAUAUUCAAAAUCAUUUAUGGAACUUUGAUAUCUCAGUUAUAGCUGGAGACGGUUUGGAUAUUUAAAUCAAGAGUUGGUCUAUUGUAAGCUUGUUCGUGGUUUUAUUUGGGUUCGCGGGAUCAAAGGGCAUACCCCGUUUCUAAAAUAGAUAUCAAUACCCGUACUUUUUCAUGGUAAUGACCUUUAACCUCAGGUGACUGUGUGUAAAAAAAAAUUUCCACAUUCGAACUUGAACAUGUGUUUGUUGUAUGUGGUAGAUUUAUCGACAGGUGCGUGCAUAAUGUUUUAACAUGUUUGUUGUAUGCGGUAGAUUUAUCGACAGGUGCGUGUAUAAUGUUUUAACAUGUUUGUUGUCUGCGGUAGAUUUAUCGACAGGUGCGUGUAUAAUGUUACAACAUGUUUGUUGUAUGAGGUAGAUUUAUCGACAGGUGCUCAUGUAUUGUUAUAACAUGUUUGUUGUAUGCGGUAGAUUUAUCGACAGGUGCUCGUGUAUUGUUAUAACAUGUUUGUUGUAUGCGGUAGAUUUAUCGACAGGUGCGCGUGCAAUAUUGUAACGUGAUUUACUGUGACACUGAAGAAAAUACAUGCCAUACGUGUCUAUUGUUCUGUGUACUUCCACAAACACCCAGUUCCUCUCGGAACAAAAAAAAAAAAAAAAAAAAAAAAAAGAGUAAUGGAGUGACAGACCGCUAUAAUGAUUGCAUUGGUAAAAAUUCAUGAUAGUCAGACAAUGAUAUAAAAACACAAAUACACUUCGUGUAUAAAAGAUAGCAGACAGCGAUUUAAUUAUAAGACUGCUCUAACUCAUUAAGUGUAUGGUUGUAAAGAAAGCAUUUGAUAGUUUGAGGUGGGAGUUAUAGAAGUACAAAAAUGUGGCAUGCUUUACCUCCUUGUUGCAGAUGAAAGGACUGUUUCACAAGUUGUCUGCGUCUUCAUGACUUAUGUAUUCCUGGAAAAUUUCAGCGACAAGAUCCACAAACUACGAAAUCAUAGAAUAAUUCUAAAGGCGCAUUAAUGCAACCAAAGCCCGCUAGAAAUCUCGCACUGGCGGCCGUCUGAAGUGUAAAUUCUCCCGUUGAGAGUGAGAUACCUUAAGACCAACUUUAGAACACUUCAGAUUGAGCGGGAGCGAGCAGAUGAUUUGGUUCACAAGAGAAACUCCUACUGCUAACAAUUGUUAAGUUCUGAGAGGACAGGCAGAGGAAAGAUGAUCUAACCUAUGAACCCGGAAAAAUGGCAUCAAGUCCUUGGAUUUCCGAAUCAACGAUGACCUUGUUGAAUCAACAAUAUUUGCAUAACGAAACACGGCCCAACGAUGAACUUUCUGUCGGACGUCAAUUUCCGCUGUACGAUUUUCAAAGUAACGUGUCCAACGUGACUAUGGGCUCCCCAGAUGAUGAUCGCGUGCAUACAAACUGGACUCUGUUGGAAACCAUUGUGUUUGCUUUGUGGUUGUCGAUAGCCAUGGUAUUUACCAUUGUCGGGAAUUUCAUGGUGAUUGCCGUGGUUUGGAGACACAGAGGAAUGCGCACGAGGACAAACAUGUUUAUAGUUAACUUAGCUAUAGCAGAUUUCCUGAUUGGGAUACUUUUGGCUCCAUUUUCAUUAACCACAUUGAUAGCACACGACUGGAUUUUAGGAGAUGCACUGUGCUUUUUGAACAGUUUUUUGAAUGCCGUCUGCUUUCUGACAUCUUUACAAACAUUGAUGUAUAUAAGUAUACAUAAGUAUUUAUCUAUCACCCGUCCAUUAAUUCGUAUUACGAAGUGUAAGAUAUUAAUCAUGAUUAUGGCAGCAUGGGUCUGGGGAAUCAUCUGUGCUGCCUUAACAACCUUCAUCCUAAGUCAUUAUGAGUAUAAGGAGAAAACCAUGCAAUGCGGACCGGAAUAUCCCGGAAACACAGUUCGGUCUAUAAUAUUUCAUUUUAUUAUACAAACAUCCAACCUUUAUUUACCCCUAGGAAUUAUGUUAUUUUGCUAUAUAAGGAUAUUUCAAGAGAUAAAGAAGCACAUGCAGAGAAUGGACGAAAAUUCCGCCAUGGAUAGAAAACAGAUUUUUGCUCAACAACGGAGAGUGACCGUCACGCUGUUUAUCGUCCUGGCCUGUUUUGUUCUGUGCUGGCUUCCGUAUUGUGUGUACGCAAAUUACGUCACAUUCACCGAAGAUAAAGCCACUAUUCCAGCGUGGACAAACGGCGUAGCAUAUUGUGCAGGGUACAUGAACAGCGCUUGUAAUCCUAUUAUCUACGCCUGGAGAAGCCCUUCCUUUCGAGAAGGGUACAAAGAAAUUCUAUGUCAGGAACCGUCUUAUGUCGUUAGCGAUGACAGGAUCGAAGUUUUGUACAAUCAGGAGCAUAGUCAGCCGUUUAAACGACUAACAGAUACGAUCCAUGACAGUUCCCCGGGUCCUCGGAGGCGGAUCUCAGUUUUCAUAAACUCAAUGAGGGGAUCAAGGCAAGGAUCCAGGAUGGGUUCGGACGACUCUCUUUCUCACUACUCUCUUCAUACUCUCAACAAGACAAAUAAAAAACAAGAUUCUUCUACGCACAAACUACUCAGAAAACUAACAGGCAAAACAGCAAAAGGAAGCUCCAUCAUAAAAAGAGACGGAUCGGUUAUUUUAGUUAAAAACGGCAAAAUUAUUUCAAUGCGCGAGGAUGUGCGCAGAAAAGACACAUCCGGGGAUUUGGAUGAUGUUUUCUUUCCCAAUACAUCUCCGUCGGCGGACACAUACAAGAAUGGAACGCGCCCUCCGCUCACUAGGCAACCAAAUCUGAAUAUCCUUUAUGAAAGUAACUCUGAACGAGUACAUAUAGGUCAUACUAAGCUGAACGGGUCUGUGACUCUGUGUCGCUCCAUAUCAGAGGAGGACGUGAAAUCCGACAAAGUAUCUGUAGACAAAACGAAUUCUAGUGCUCCAAAUAUUGAGAUACUAAUCUCGGAACCCCCGGAUGCAGAUGGUAACCAAACCGAGGGUAUUCCAGUUUGUACAAAGUGUCAACGGUUAUCCACAUUCAAACCUCUAGACAAUCAUUGUCAGCAUGGCUUGUAUUUAUCAAGUCCUGACGUCAUCAGACGCUCGCGAAGUGACACAAUCCGUUGUUAUAGUAACAAAGACGAGGAUGCCGUCCAUCUCCUGUCCAAGAGUGAUCAAAAUGUAUACAAAUUGCCGCUUCUAAGCUCACCAUCUCAGGUGCGCGCGCAUACCAAUGAAACCAGUAGUGACAGUGAAAUAAAUGUUACAGUUCCGCUUUAUACAAGACGGUGGUUAAAACAUACAUGUAACGGUACAAAUGUUCAAACGUAAUCGUUGUUAUUCGCAGUUUAUAAAUGGUUUUGAUGUGUGAAUAAUUGUUUAACCAUGUACAAUAGGGCAAAGUACGAUACGUGUAUAUAGCUUUAUCAUUUGACAACUUGUGUUUUACACUUUAAAAAAUUAUUAACUUUAUUUUCAAAAUUUUUAGAUUUUAUUCAAUUCGUACCGCGAGUUGUAUUAUGUUAUACAUAUAUAAACCCCAGUACCGCACAGGCUUGUAACAUGAAGUGCAGUAUUACAGCUGUUUGCAACAUCAACCAUAAGAAAAACUUUGUUUUUCCAUACAGUUCAUACCAAAGAUGUGCUUCUAAUCCAUUUAGGAACUAAUAAUACAGUUCAUAAUUCAUCGUUUCCAAUGCAGAUAUUUUUAUUUUACAUGACAAAUCAUUAAUUUCCGACUUUGUGUUUAAAUACAUACAGUGCAUGUGACAUAUGUUGUUUAUUAGUUACUUACAGUAGUAUUCAAAAUGUGCAAUUUGAUUUGGAAACUAGUAUUUUUAAAGCAUGUAAUUAAAAAUGUUUGGUAAUUGUGAGUAAAUAUGCACAAUUGUUACAGAAAAAGAGCUAAAAGCGAAGUGCAUUAAUGUUUGGAUCCACCCGCGAGAUUUCAUGCAUUGUGAUUGGUUUACAAUAUCUUGAUUUCUUGAUUACAUAGUUUAAUAUAUACAUUAUAUGUCAGACUACGUCAAACAGAGAUACAAUUGUACGCAGUAUUUUAUGUACGGGAAGCCCGGAGUAUGCCGGUCAUUAGCUAUUGUCAGUUUGUAUUGUUUUAUUUGGAGAAGUGAAUUACAUGUAUGUUAGUAAAUAAAAUAAAAUGUUUUAAUGAAAUCUGA